CGGGCCGAGGUGGUCGAGGCAGAGACAGCCAGAUCCUGAGCCCGGCAGAUCCAGGACGCGAGGUUCCAGAGUCUGCGUUGAAAUACCCUGCACACUGGAUGGAGCUGAUGCUGAGUACGAGCCUGGCUAAACUGACUCUGGAUCUUGUAUACCAGCCAGAAGUGGCCCUGGGAUUCAACUUGACCACGCUAACCCUGGACCCCACACACCAACCAGAGCUGAUCCUGAGCCUCAGGCUAGCUGAACUGACCCUGGAGUCCACAUGCCAUCCAGAGAUGAACUUCAGGCCUGGUCCAGCUGAGCUUACCCUGGAUCCCAAACAUCAGUCAAAGGAGACCCCAGCUCCCAGUCUGGCUGAGUUGACCUUGGAGCCUGUGCACUGCAGACCUGAGCUUAUGGAUGCUUGUGCCGACCUCAUCAAUGACCAGUGGCCCCGCAGCCGUGCCUCCCGCCUACACUCCCUGGGCCAGUCCUCAGAUACCUUCCCCCUAUGCCUGUUGCUUCUGAGCCCUCACCCCACUUCUGACACAGCCCCCAUUGUGGUGGGCCAUGCUCGCCUGUCACGGGUGCUAGACCGGCCCCAGAGCCUCUUAGUAGAGACAGUGGUGGUGGCCCGGGCCCUGAGGGGCCGUGGCUUUGGCCGCCGUCUCAUGGAGGGCCUGGAGGAUUUUGCUCGGGCCCGAGGCUUUCGCAAACUGCACCUCACCACUCAUGAUCAGCUGUAUUUCUAUGCCCACCUGGGCUACCGUCUAGGAGAGCCUGUGCAAGGCCUGGUCUUCAGCAGCAAACGACUGCCCACCAGCCUGCUCCGUGCCUUUCCUAGAGCUUCCAUUCCCCGCCCUCCCUGCAUGGUUUCUAACCUGACUACCCAAGCUGCCCCAAGUAGCCCCAAGGGACCCCCAUUGCCACCCCCCCCUCCCCUGCCUCAGCCUUUGAACACUUUACCUCCACCUCCAGCAGGGUCCCUUCCACAAAACCUGCUGGAGACACAAUACCAAGACCUGAGGGGAUGCCCCAUAUUCUGGAUGGAAAAAGACAUCUGAAGAUUGAGACAAGGCACUGUUCUGGGUCACUCAACUGCUCAGUGGCCAUACCUCAAUCCCUAGCCCCUGGGGAAGCAUGUUUCCUGGUUACUACUGGGGCCAGGAGAUGGUUCUGUAGUUCUGACUCAGAGCCAUUAGUAUGGCUGAAUAAAGGCUUCUGUUGGGUGUG